AUGGAUUUUUUAUUUGAUGGUAAAAAUAUUUUAUCAUAUUACAAUAAAAAAAUAAAUGAAAAAACAAAACUUGUUGAUUUACAAUCUGGUAGUAACUUAUACAAUCAAAUACGAAAUGAUACAAGAUUAGGACCUUGGCAGAUUAAAGAAUUAAAUGAUAACAUCAAACAAAUAGGAAAUGAAUUGAUUGAAAAUUUUAUUUCUUAUAUUAAAAAUGAAAAUGAUCAAGAUAAAAUCAAAAAAUAUAUUAAAUUACUAAAAAAUAUAAAUAUUUUUUUUGUAAAAAAUAAAGAAGAAUUUGAUAAAAAUCUUAAUUUAUUACAGGAAAAAAUAAAAAUAAUAAAUAAUUCUAAUAUAAAUUCAAAAUUAUUAAAUGAUAAUAUUUCUAUCGUUUUUCAUAAGAGAAAAAAAAAUUGUAUCAAAUUAAAACCUAUACAUAUUUUAUUUAAUUAUUCGAUUAAAAAUUCUAUAAAAUUAAUAAUGAAUAGAUAUAAAAAAAUAGUUGAAACAAAUAAUGAAACAUUUGAUCAUCUUGAAAAAAGAAUAUCAUUUAAUCUUAAAAAAUAUCAAGAAAGUUUCUAUAUCAAACCUUGGAAAUCUAUAAUUCAUCAUAAAAAUCCGAAUAAUAAUAUUGGCAAUAUUGAAUAUUUUUAUAAAAUUAAUAUUGAAUCAACAUGUUAUAAAUAUGUAAUUUAUGAUGAUCAUACUAAAAUAAUCAAAGAAUACAAAUCAAAAAAUUUAUCAAAUUAUCAAUACCCAGAAGCUAAAAAUAAUUUAAAUAGACUUUUCAAUAUUAUUUGGGAUUAUUACCUUUCAGAAUAUAAAUUAAUGUUAUCACCAAUUUAUAUUCAUGGAGUUAACAAAUAUGAAACUUUAGAAAACCUAGCAAUAAAUUGGUUUGAAUGGUGGAGAUAUUUACUAAAUAAUCCAAAUUUAAAUAUUGUUAAUAUUUAUUGGAUAUUUAAAAAUGUUGAAGAGUUAAAUGCAAAAACAAAAGAUAAAAAUUUUUACAAAAUGAUUGGAUCUAUGUUUAUUGAGAAUCUAAUAAAAUGUAAUCAAGAACAUAAAAAUAUAUGCAUACCUGAAAUAAUCCAAAAAAUCGAAUCUGAAAUCGAUUGUCAAACAUUAACUACUGAUGAAUUAUACAAUUCUUUAUUAAAAAAUGAAUAUUUUAUUAAAUUGGUUAAACUCAGUAUUAAUGAAAUAAGUGAAAUACAUUAUCAUAUAACAAACCAAAAAAAUAAAUUAAAAAAAUCAUGUACUGCUGAUUUCGUUAUUGAAGAUUUUUCAACAAAUAAUAGAUUUGAAAAUUUUUUAAAAGGUGAUUAUUUAGAACUUGAAAAGGAAUUACGUAAAAAUUAUAUUGAAGAUAAUAAAAAAUUAUCAGAAGAUGAGGAUUUAGAUGAAGAAAUAAAAAAUUCAAAAUUAUCACCUGAUAAGAUCAACAAAUUACAAGAUUUGAGAAAAAACAGACUAAAUAACUUUAUAACUGAAAAAAUUAAUGAAUUCAAAAAUAAAAUUAAAUUAUCAAAAACUGAAAAAGAAUUAGAUGAUAUAUCUGAUAUAUUAAUUAGUGAUAAAAUACUAUCAGAUGAACAAAAAGAUAAUAUCGUAAUAAUAUUUAGAGAAAAAUUAAAAUCAAUCAAAGAAUCUGAUAAAUACAAUGAAUUCAUUCGUGAUAUCAAUGAUUUAUAUACUGAAGAUGAUUUAAAUCUUUUAAAAGAUAAAUUAUCUUAUGAUCAAAUAUUAACACCCACACAAAAAGAUAAAAUCAAAAAAAGUAUUGAUGAUAAAAUAGAUGAAAUCAAGAAAACUGCACUUCAAUCUAAUCCUAAUAAAAAUAUUCUUGUUGAUGAAUUAGAAAAAGAUAUAGAAAAUAUCAAUAAAAAUAAUGCAGAAAAAUUACUUGAUGAUAAAGAUUUGGAUAAAAAAAUUAAAGAUUCAAAAUUAUCACCUUCUAAUAACAAAAAAAUACAAGAAUUAAGAAAAAACAAACUAUUAGAGUUCAGAAAUAAAAUCAAUGAUGAAUACAUCAACAACAUCAAAACAGAAAAAAAUAAGAAUAUAUUAGCAGAUAUAAAUAAUGAUUUAACAAAAAAUAAAAUUCUAACAGAUAAACAAAUUAAUAACAUAUCUUCAUUAAUAAUCGAAAAGAUAACAAAAAUAAAUGAAAACAAUGAAAUAUAUGAUGAAAUCAAAACAGAUAUCGAUGGAUUCUUGACUCCUGAAAAUUUAGAUAAUUUUAUCAAAAAAAUAUCAAUGCCUUUGAUGAAGAAUAUCUAUCUAAUAAUAGAGAUAAAUCAUCAUUAA